UCCGGGCACUUGAGUUGAAUGUAAAUUUUCUUGUUGUAAAUCGACGUUAUUCUGAGUAAACUUGUAGAAAUACCUUUCAUGUGUACUGUCCUUUUCGUAACGGUAACUUUUAUUUGAUUAAGUUUCGUGUCAACAAGCAGAACCACAGUUGAUAAUAAAGCCAUUUGUGUUGUCAUCGAUAAACUAAAGAACAAAACAACUCUCCAUCAAGCACCUUUUCAAUUUCUAACAGCUGACCUUUGCCUUUGUGUUGAAAAUUACUACUGAUUCUGAGGCAAAGGCGCAAAAAAUACCAAGAAAAAUCCAGUCCAAAAAGGAACCACAUUCUAGUGCUGUCUCGGGUUGAGGGGGGAGAUGGAUCGUGAGUCAGACCGUGGGAGCUCGGAGGCAGGUAGUGGGCGGGCCACUCCUCGAUCUCUGGACCAAGAAAACCUGCGCUCUGACACACCAGGCACCAUGCCUACAUACAUUUACUCCAUGGAUGAGUUGUAUGACCUUCGAUCCUCACCCAUCUCGAACACUGUCCCGGACUGCCUGGAAAAAGACUUUAUUGUUGACGGAGUAUGGGAUCCAGAAAAAUGGCACCGCUCGUUUGGCGGAGGAGGUAACACCAGCAGUAGAGGGGGAUCGCGAGGGCCUUCCCCUCUCGCCAUUGGAGAAACAAGGGAACGCAAGGACAUGUUUAGAAAAAACUCAGGAAGUGAACGAUCUCUUGAUCCCAAAGAACGUUUGAAGGAAGAGAAAGAUGCGAUUGUGUUGUCACCCCAGCGGCGCAGUUUUGGCACAGGGUGUCACGUGUCUCAGCAGCCUCUACUACAGAGAGCAAUCAGCAACAUCGAGGUUGAGAGGGAUAGACGAGAAAGAAGGAUUGGCAGUGGAAGAAUUCAAAUAGAUCGGGACAGACCACGGGAAAGAAGUGACAGUGAUUACAGAGCGGAGCGAAAUGAAAGACAUCAUGACAAAGAAACAAGAGAGUAUCGAGAAAAGGAUACCAGGGACUUCCGAGACAAGGACACUCGUGAUUUCAGAGAUAAAGAUCCAAGGGACUUUCGAGAUCUGCGAGAUUUUAGGGACAAGGAUCCCCGAGACUUCAGGAGUUCCAGGGACAUUGAACGAGAUCGCGACUUCAGAAACCCGCGGUAUGACAGGGAUGAUCGGAAUAGAAGAUAUGAUAGAGAAAGGCUGUUUGCAACCAGGGACCAAGAUGAUCGAACGCACAGAGAUAGGGACUUUAGAGACCAUGGGGGUAGUAGAUACAAUCGUCACCACCGACAUGAGGAGGAGCCAGAGUGGUUCAGCAGUGGGCCAAUUAGCAAGACCGAUACAAUUGAGCUGCAUGGGUUUGAGCGGGAGAGGCGGGACAGUGAUAGGGUGGAUGACUCUUCAGGACAGGGCAGUCGGAAAAAGAGGCGGGAGGAGAGAAGGAAGGAGGAGGUGGCUGAUGAGAGGGUGGGGUCAGAUACAGAGGAACACCAUGAAGGUAUCAGUGUAGCUGACAGAAAUGGGAGCCUGGAGACGAAUGAGUCGAGUUCCCCGGAGACCAAUGAUGCUGACCAUCCUCCAAGAAAGUCCCCGUCACAAAUGGCAGCCUUUGACUUCAAUGACUUUUACAACAGUCUUAGCAUUCCAGGCCUUGCAAAUAAGGUACCAGAGGAGAUCCCUGAGAAGGCAGACAUGGGGUUCGGAGGAAGCCGCUUCUCUCACAUGUUUCGGGGCAGUGGGAACGAGCAUCAGUCUCGCAGUCGGGAGAACAGUCUACGCUCAACAGCCAUUGAUGAGGAUGAGUUUGGCUAUCUAAAUGACCUGUUGAAUGGUUCCCGAAGCCCUGUGAUUCCCUCUCCCCUAUCCCCCUCGGCCAACUCCAUGUUUGACCGGCACAGUUUUCUUUCACCCUUUGCCUCCAGUGAUAAACAACACCAGAUCGAGUUUGGUUCAGUCACACAGAAGUUUAGUCCCCCUAACAAUAAUGCCUUGGUCACUGCUUUAAUCAACAAUGCAACUGCUAUGGAAAGGAAUAGGUCUAGUCCAUCUGGUAUGAAAAAUUCCCCAAUUGACUCUGAGGCCAAGCUGAAGGCCUUGUUAUUUGGUCGCAUCGACUCCAACUCCAGUAGUGGCAACACCACGCCCGGCUUUAACUCCCCUCUUAGUGUUCCAGGGAAGGUGAAAACAGUUGCAGAGCUGGAGGGAGAGUUACAGAGGUCCAGGGAGGCUGCGGACCAUAGGAGCGCACAGAGGCCUUCUCCACAUGCACCACACGGAAGGGUCUCACCACAGCAGGGUGAUGGGAGUGACCUGACAGCCUUCAAUAAGCUGAUUAGCCUGAUGCAGGCUGGUGAGGCUAGGCCCAUCGAGUCUCCCAACACAGAAAUGACCAGGUUCAACACGGAAAUGACCAAAUUCAACAAGCUCAUUUCCCUCAUGCAAGCUGGCCAUGUAAAACGUGCGGAGUCUCCAAAGAUGACACAGAUGAAGGGAGAGGUUCGGGGAGGUUCCCCAGUUACAAACAUUCCCAGUGCCCUCCAGCAGGGUGGCAUGACUCUCCAUGGUGGACCCCACCCUGGCAUGCAGACCCAUCCCACCCCCCAGCAGGGCCAACAACCCAUACAUGGGCGCAUGAUCAACAAGGCUGAUCCAACCAUGAACAUGCAAGCCCAUCUACAGCGUGGCAAUAUGGAUGAGGUGCAGUUUGAAAUGAUGGAUGGUUUCCAUGGUAACAUGAUGCCUCCUAAUGCGAACAAUAUGAAUGAUGCAGCAGCAGCACAGAAACAAUUCUUUGAUGCUAUACAGCGUAACAAGGAGGAGCAGCUCCAGAAGCGCCAGGCGGCAAUCCAUAACAUGCGUUUCCAACACCAGAUCACACCCGGCCACCAACACCAGAUGAACCCUGGCCAGCCCAACAACCACCUUGCUCAACAACAACAACAACAGGCUGGCAGCCAGGAGAGGCGGAGCUCCACUGGUGACCCAAUCAUGAACUUCCUCAAGGCCAACCCCACAAUCAUUACAAAGCCUGCCUCCCCCACUCCCCCACCCCAGCAGCAGCAACCUGCAGGGGUCUCCCUGGUGAAUCUGGUACCCCAGAUCCAGCCCUCGCCCCGGGGCCCUAGCCCCUCCCCCUCACAGAUCCAGUCCGCUCUGCUUCAGAGGCAAGCCCCUGGCACUCCCAGAGUACCUUCACCCAUCAUGUUCAGCCAGCAGCCUCCGACGCACCUGAGUGCUCCAUCACCCAUUCACCCAGUACAGGGGGGAUCACAAUCCCCUGUUGGACCUGCAAGCAGCUCCACGCAGAACACGAUCCGGCCACCGUUAGUGCCACGCCAGCCAAGCCCCCAGGAGCUGAUUGUCCACACCCAGGCCAUACUGCAGAACGCCCUCAUUAAGAAACAACUCGAGGACCAGAAAGAAAGAUUCUACAAGAAACAACAGGAGAGAGUGAAGUCUCCGAACCCAGGGAAUGUUGCUGGUAUUCCAAUGAGUGUCCUCUCCAUGGCAACGCCCACCGCUGCCAUCCCACCAGCCGCCAGCACUUCCACACCUACAAAGGCUCCAGUCAAUGUGGCCUUUACCCCAACAUCCGUGAUUAGGAAAAUGCAUUCAGAAAAAGCAGAGGAAAAAGAAAAACUACGCAGAGAUAGUGUUGAUGUUGAAAACAGUGAAUUGCGGGAGGAUCAGGUAGCCGAGGGGAGGAGCACAGUCGACCCAGCCCAUUCCGACCAGUACCCUUCCUGCAGCAUGCCCAGCUCCCUGUCUGCUGCCCCGCCCACCAGCAUCCCCCCACCCUCCAUGAUCCAUGCAGUGCCGCCGCCACCUCUCCCUAACAAGGUUCUGCCCAACUUGGUGUCAGUGCUGCCGCCCGGCGCUACAGUUAUUCCAGGCAUCCUGCCGCCAUUUAACUCAAAUCAUCUGACACACCUGCCCCCUCCGCCACCCCUCGUCUCCACCCACCUCCCGCCUCCCCUGCUCAGCCCCGGGGUUGCGGCCCUUGCCCCCCUGCCUCCGCCCCUGACACAGUCAACACACGAUCAGAUUGAUGCAGUGAAGACACAGCAGCUGAGAGCAUUGCUAGGGCAACAGAGCCCGGGGAUCGUGAGUGCAGGCAUGGCUGUAGUAACAUCUGCACUUUCUGCCAUGGGCAGGCCUAUUGUCAAAGGUACCCUGACACUGUCUGGAACACCCGCAACAACAGCCCCAAUCCUGCAGACAGCAAACUCCCAGCGCCACCAAGUGGGCACCAGUCCCCCUGAUAUGGCCAAACUCCUUCAACGACAACAGAUCUCAACCUCCCCGUACAUUGUCCCCCGACCUACCAACCCAAGCCCUGCAGCCUAUGGCAUGCCUGUACCAGGUGGUCGUCUUCCCAUGCAGACGUCUGCCAUGCUAGGUCAAGGCCAGCUGGGAAACACAGGCUCAAGCCCAAUCCUUGUACAGCAGAUGAUGCAGGGAGCCCAUCCAAGAGGUGUUGGCCAGUUUCAGCAGCGUAUGUUGGACCCGCGGGCCCUUAGGGGCCAGAUGCCCCAGGGGAUGAUCCCCAGCCCUUACCCUGGCCAUGGCUUCAACCCCCGCACCCUCACACAACAAGGGCUACAGCACAAAAAUGGGCCUAUAUCCCCUGGACAGCUGCCUGUGUCGAUGGGGGGCAAGCCGGAUAACCUGAUGAAGUGGUUCGGCUCGGAUGUGCUCAAGACCUCCCUCACCACAAUGCCCCCGCUUCCCGUGCAAGGCCAGCGUGUGCUCACGCUUGACGAAAUAGAGCGGUUGUGAUUGGUCCAUACAUGAUAUUUUAUGUGACCCUGUAUCUUGGUGAUUGGUUUACUGCGUGCUGGUUAUAUGGGCCUUGUAAUCACUGCCAUUGGAGUUCCUGCUCCAUUAUUUAUUAAGUGCUGUAUUUUCCUGCAAGCUGACAAACCAGUGGACCAAAAUUCCUGGUGGAUUUUUACCUUACACUCCUUAUCAUAUUAAGUGCAAUAGUAAAAUCAUACAUAUGUACCAAACAUAAUUAAAAAAUGUGAUUUCAAGGCCCAUUUUGCUGGGUUUUGCUCUAUUUUGCAAGCUAAAAAUAGCUUAACAUAUGAUUUCUCUCAUGGCUUCAUAUGUGUGUUAUUUAUCACAAUGUUUUCUCUAUUCAUUCUUUGUACUUGAGCACUGAUACCAGUAAUGCUUUAUUUGUAUGUUGUGUUGUUAAUAUAUUUAUCAAACUUCUUUAUUGUUGUUCUCUGUCAAUUAUUGUUCUCUAUCAAAAUUUACUAAAUUGUUGACUGAGUUAGUCACCCAAUUUAGAUACAUGACUGUUUAUCAUAGAGUUUUUGUGUACUUCUUUGAACAAUCAUUGUUAUUUUAAUGUAAAUAUAUCUGGCACUAAUUUUCAUCAUAAUCAUCAAGACUUAUUAUACUGUAACUUCUAAAAUGUGAGACUUCUUAUGCAAAUGAUUAGUUACCUUACUAAGAAAGGAACUUUGGCUUUGAUAACUUGUAUGCUAACAGUCUGUUGGUUUUCUGUACUCUGUUUAUCAGUUGCUUUGGUAACAGAAUACCUACACAUCCCAUGCACUGAAAUUUGCUGAUCAACUAAGGCUCAUGUUGACUGACUGUGGAAUGUAAAUGUUUUCACAGUAUGCCAUGUGAUGGUCAGCAAAAAUGAGUCUUGUGGAGAAUGUCACGUGAAUGAGAAGAUUUGGGAUUUAUCCUUGGAGUCAAAUUUAAAAAAAAUAUGAUUGUGAUGUGUAGUAUUGAAUAGCGAUGAUACAUUUCAAAAUAGCUACAUUAGCCUGUCUUUGAGGCCCAAUAAUGUACACAACAAGAUGGUGAUAUCAUGUUCACCUCCACAGAACACAUUUCUGCUGUUGUCUUACAUAAAAUGUAGUUAAACAGUAUGAAGUGCAUCAUUGUAAUUAUCCUAUUUAUCUACUUUUUCAUUCUUCAGUUGAACUAAAUUAUAAGAUUUUAUCUGAAACAGUCAAUCAUUAUAAAAAUAUGAAGUCUUGCACCGUUUUUUUUUUUCUUCUAGUCCAGCAUCUUCAUAUCAUUCACGAUUCACUUGCAAGACUCAUCAUAAAUCUUCACGGUAACCACAUAUCAGAGUUUACAAUUAUGAUUCACACUUACGGUUAAAUACAACCAUAUUUCAUGUUGAAGUUACUGGUUGAAAUAUUAUCUAAAAUGUAGCUACUUGAACUCUGGCUUAGAAAUAAAGAACCAUAUACAGUAUUUAUUUUCUGUAUAGUAAUAUGGCUUAUGUAAUUGUUGUUGUUCAUUUGUUUGAAUUACUGGGCCUCACAAACAUAUUGAAUCAACACUACAGCCUGCAACUCUGAUCAUGAAAGAGAAUCACAGACAAACAGUUGAAUAGGUGAUAAAUCGAGAGUUUAACUAUAGCUUACACAUCAUUUGUCCACUAUUAAAGGAUAAUAUAUAUGAUGUUAUAACAGUUGAGACCUCAGUGGAUAUUAUACAUUUUAUUUAUAAUUAAAAAUUAAAACAUAUUCUAUCUUGAAAUUCGCAUGUUGAUGUUUUCACUGAUAUUUUGUUUAACCCAAUGGAAAUACAUUUUGAAGUUUGAAUGUAAAGUAACUUUCAAACCAAUAAACUGCUCGUUAUAAAUGAAAGUGUUGUAAUUGUAUUCCUUGUAUAUAUUGAUUGUAAAUAUGUAAAUAAUUGUACUUGAGAUGGUUAUACAUGUAUGUUUUGGUGUAAAUAUUCGUGUUUCCUGUGUAUGUUUCUGGCUAAAUGUUUUCGUUCAGACAAACAUUAAAUUACGUUACAGAAUUAAAAAACAUAAAUUUAUUUAAAACAUAACAUACAGUAACCAUAAACUCUUUUUUGUUAAACAAUAAGAUUGCAUGCAUCUUUUCACACAGUGUAAUAUUAGCUAAUGGAAAUAAACCUUUCAGAAGAAAAAGGCCAGUGGAUAAACAGUUAGUCAGAAAUUCAAAUGUUAUGUUUAUUUGCCAUUAUUAUGGUGUUGUAUAUAGACAUUAUAAUAGACAUUGUAAUACAAAUGUUAAAUAUUUGUGAAAUGUGUAUAAAAAAACACUAAAGAUUGUUUUCUUUGCGUCCUGUUGUGAUGAUGUACAUGUAAAUGUGUGGAUGAAAGAAAAAGUGCUGAUUAUUUAUGUUUAAUAGUAUUUGUUGUACAUGAUUAUAAACAGUGGAACAUGUUUAAUACAUGUAUUUGUUGAUAAUACUUGCAUGAGGAGGGCAGUGGUUUAGGUUCAAAAUGUCAACUGCAUUAACGUGUUGUCAUGCAGUAUGGAAAUGUGUUAUUUCAACUUACUUGUAUAUUUUCCCAAAAUUUGUAUAUUUAAAAAAAUACUUUUAUGUUGAGUUUUUCAAGAACUCUGGAGUGGUCAGCAAAUUACUGUUGUUUUGGUGUAGCAAUCCUUCAAACAAAAUCACAUUGCUGAAAACAGAAAAAUUUGCUCGUCUGUUUUUUGGAAGAACAAAAAAACGAAGAGAUGUCAUAGCCUUGGUGUCAUACUAGGAGUUUCGGACGUUUUAACAGCGACAGUACACAUGCUUAGUAAAGCUUAUAACUCAGGCUUAAGUAAUAGUCAUGUAUUUCCAAUUGACCAGCUGAGAAUAAACGAUGAGCGUUGUCACCCGCUUGGGGUGAUCUUGUUUAUUAAUUAUACAUUGUAUGUAUGAAAAAUGGAUCAUGUUGAAAAUAUUGUAAAUAAAACUUUGUCUUCACUGUAUAAUUACUGUAAGGUGGUUUGAAUUCUUUAACUUUGUAACAUUUGAUGUUGUAUGUUGUACAUAAUGUUGAUUUACAUUUUGUUGAUGUUUAAAAUAUAUGUAUAAGUCUGUGUGUGCGGUGCGCUAUGUAAUUGGUACAGUAACAAUCUUUUCCACUCUAAUAUGCUAGCUGUUUGGUCAGCAUUUAUGUCUUAACUUUAGUCUGGAUCUAAAUUUUGGAAAUACAUGCAAAUCUUUAGGCUUAAAAUUUGUGCCUAUUCUGUACUUAUGCAUACUUAAGGGCGAAUUUCGAGAUAAUUAAUGACUUCAUGUAAUCUGAUGUUUUUCUGUUUGAAAAAAGUAUUGCUACAUUUUAUGAAAUAGCCAUAGUAACUUUAAAUGGGCAUUAAAGUGGAGACUUUACAAUUCUAGUGCUUGGAACAUUCAACUCCAGGAUUGUUGGUAGGAAGUGUGCUUGUGUGUGUUUGUAUGUUAGAAGUUUGGUGUGUUAUAUUUUCUAAUUAUUGUUAUUUCGUAUUUGUCCUAAUACUGGGUAUAAAAUCGACAAAACACUAUAUUGUUGUUGCCUGUCGAUUACAGGUGACUUGCACUGUUUGUUCACUUUUAUUGUACUAUUGUAAGAAGUGAAUGGCAACUUACCUUUAUUGUCAGAAAUAUUCUUGAAGCAUUAUGUUUCCCUUUUGAAUUUAUUUCUCAUUUACUGUGUUUAACUAUUGUCAGACGACGAUUAUUUCACAGUCAUUUUGAACUUAAUUAAAAUGUGCAGUUC